AUGUCUCGAUCUGCGUACGAGAAGACUGCAAGGCGUGAGGAGCGGCGUCCUCACACCAUGCCGAACGGUUUCAUUUCGGUGGCGCAUUUCAGCGAGGGAGCUGAAGAGCAGCUACUGAAAACAAUCAACGAGCUUGUUACAACAGAGGAAAAUUUCGUACGCGAUGUCCAGAAGCUGGUUAAUCAGUAUUUGAAACCAACAAAUUUAGUGCUUUUGGAAACGUCGGAUCGCCUUUUGCGAAUUCAAACCUCAUUUCUGUUAUCGCUUCUGGAUGCAGCUGGUGAUGCUGCUCAUUCAGUCACUACUUCUCAGCAGCAGUUACGGGUCAGCGUUAUGAUCUUUUUUGAUUUUUCAUAA